CAGGAUUUAGAAUAAAAAUAGCAACCGCAUCGUAAUUGACUUCCUUUCGUACUGAUCGUCCGAUAGGGCCCUGACAGGCAGCCUCAGGCAUCCCAUGGUGUCUUCCAUCGCGCUUGCCGUCAGCUUGUCCAGCACUUCUCUCUCCUCUCUCGUCCUCUCUCUCUCCUUUUUUCCCUCGCUCGCCCGCUGUCUUUCCCUGGACUUCAACCUCCUCCCCACCACGAUUCUCGAUCCCCGGUUCCUGCGGUUGCAUCCGGCUCGUUCCCUCCAGUUCACGUUACAUCUUUCGCAUCUGGGGCCCCUUAGUCAUCUCGACCUUACUCAUCCGGUAGCAGUUCCUGUGCCUGGUUGGGAACUCGCUCGUUCUCCCCGUGGAUCGUUUCUAUUAUUUAGUCUAGUCGGCGCUCUUGACCCUCAAACCGUUGGUGUCCUGAUUUUAGUUCGUUUCGGCAGGAUCCGGUCCCCAUCGACUUACUGGUUGCUGCCUGUGGAAAAACCACCAAAAGGGGUGCUUGAUUCUCCCCCUCCGUUCCAUCCCUCCCUCAUUCUUGAACUGCCAACUGCUCUAUUUCCCGAGCCCGUGCUUGCACACCACCCCUGUGGCGUUCUAGAGACCGAGAUCGUGGCGUGGGGUUUCCACCAACGUUGAGUUCGACCUUGCGACAGACAAAUGCGCCCAUAUGCCGUCGCGGGCUCCACGUAAUCCGCCGUAUCCUCCCACGUCGAGCUCGCCCGCCGCUCCCCCACAUGCGAACCUGGUCCCCUCGUCGAUCGAGAGGAGUGCUCCCCGUCUGAUUCCCCAAAAUGCGACCGGCUUGCCAUCCAUGAACGCGAAUCCAGCUACGUCGCCGCCGCAUCGCCACGGCCAUUCUCGCUCCAUCAGUCAUCCGUUUCCUUCUCCCUUCGCCGGCGCGGGCAAGAGGCGGAACCGAUCCAUCCCGAAGCAGGACUUUCUGGACUCGGACGAUGAUGAUGACGAUGUCACUU